UCCAAGUGAUGUCCGAUAUAGAAAACGAUCGAUUACCGAUAUAACAUCGUUGACAAUAUCGAUUGUGCUUGUGUUAAUUUGUGAUCUUAUUGGUAUUAAAUUCUGAGAUAUGAGGUCUCACUCACGGGCGUUGAAUGUAGUGGCUUUGUGGGUGCUCAUUGCCCUUCUGCCACCUAUAGGCACCCAGUACUUCGAUCCUGUAUCGUCUAUACUAAACUUUGUUAACGAAGGUACCCAAAAUCUUGACAAUGAACCGCCUGAUCAAGCUACCCUUCUCUCAGAGUAUGAUUUCAUAGUUGUCGGUGCUGGAACGGCAGGAUGUGUAAUCGCGAACAGAUUGACGGAAAUACCCAAAUGGAAAGUUUUACUCGUCGAAGCUGGCGUGAACGAAAACUUCGUCAUGGAUAUUCCUCUCGUUGCAAACUAUUUACAAUUUACAGCCGCAAAUUGGAAAUACAAAACUAAGCCUUCUAGUCGAUACUGCGCUGGUUUUGAGAACCAACAAUGUAACUGGCCACGUGGAAAAGUGGUUGGUGGCUCCAGCGUUUUAAAUUAUAUGAUUUAUACAAGAGGAAUGAAAUCCGACUACGAUAGCUGGGAGAUGAUGGGUAAUAAAGGUUGGGGAUGGGACGAAGUACUGCCUUAUUUCAAAAAAAUUGAAAGAUUCGGUAUUCCAAAAUUUGAUAACGCAUCAUAUCAUGGAUACAACGGCUACCUUAGUGUAGAACAUGCGCCUUAUCGUACGGCAAAGUCCAAGGCAUGGGUAAAAGCAGCACAACAAUUAGGCUUCAAGUACGGCGAUCACAAUGGCCCUAAUCCUUCAGGUGUUUCCUAUUUACAAUUAUCAAUGCAAAACGGAACCAGACAUAGUUCAAGCAGAGCUUAUUUACAUCCAAUACAUAAAAGAAAUAAUCUUUAUUUAAGCAAAGGUAGUAUGGUCACCAAACUUCUAUUUGAUGACACUAAAACGAAAGUAAUAGGCGUAGAGUUAGAAAAACACAAUAUAAAGUAUAAAAUAUUGGCCAGUAAGGAAGUUAUCGUAACUGCGGGUGCUAUUAACUCUCCACAGCUUUUGAUGCUAUCUGGAAUUGGACCUAAAGACCAUUUGGAAUCAAUGAAAAUACCAGUUAUCAAAGACUUACCCGUGGGCUAUAAUUUAAUGGAUCAUAUUGCUGCAGGAGGUUUACAAUUUACAGUAAAUCAGCAAAGUACGCCAGUGAAUACUAUGUACAUUCUUAACCAUUUGGAAAUAGUAUUCAAAUGGAUGAGAACACACAAGGGGCCGUUAUCACUGCCUGGAGGUUGUGAGGCGUUAGUUUUUAUGGAUUUGAAAGAUAAAUUCAAUACAUCAAGUUGGCCAGAUUUUGAAUUACUGUUUAUUGGUGUCGGUUUGAACUCCGAUCCAAUGGCAUCACGUAAUUUUGGAUUCGACGAUCAGAUUUAUGCAGACACAUAUGGUCCAUUACAAAACACAGAAACAUUUAUGAUCUUUCCAAUGUUAAUGCGGCCAAAAUCUAAAGGAAGGAUUUUAUUACAAAGUAGAAAUCCUAAAGUACACCCAACUAUAAUUCCGAAUUAUUUUGAAUAUAAAGAAGAUCUACUAAAAAUUGUGGAGGGAAUUAAAGUGGCAAUCGAUAUAGCGAGACAACCAGCCUUAAGAAAAAUUGGUACAAAGCUAUACGACGUUCCCAUUGAAGAGUGUCUCAAACAAGGACCGUUCGGUAGUGAUGAGUAUUUCGCGUGCCAUGCUCAAAUGUUUACUUUUACGAUUUACCACCAGAGUGGCACUUGUAAAAUGGGUGAUAAGAAUGAUCCAUCAGCUGUUGUAAACGAAAGACUAAAAGUUCAUGGUAUAGAGAAGCUAAGAGUAAUCGAUGCUAGCAUUAUGCCAGAAAUUGUAUCAAGCCAUACAAAUGCCCCAGUGUUAAUGAUAGCUGAAAAGGGUGCAGACAUGAUAAAACAAGACUGGGGGAUGUUAUAAUUAGAAUUUAAGAAAAUGAAACUAUUCAAUCUGUGAUGUUAAAUAGGUGUUAUAUGUAAUUAAAUUAAUAUUAGAAUUUUUACUAUUUAUUAACUAAUUUACAAAUAGAUACGUAUUUGUUAAUUCUUUU